UAAAGCAGCAAUCAGCGGUAAAUGUGUUAUGAUGCCACGCUCCAAACGCACACCGAACCGAAUGUCCGAGGCUACGGGAGAACACUUUGGCACCGGGUAAACACUUUGUGAAAUGCUGCCGCUGCACGACUGCGAAAUCGCUCUGUGCGGAGUCUUGCGGCAAAUCUAAUCAGGAGUCGCUCUCUGGGGAUUUGAACAUUGAUGGACAGCUGCUGGGACAUUGAUUCGGGGCAGAGGUUGACGAUCAAUUGACCGUGCUGUAACACAAGCUAUAGCCUACCAUGGACCAAGUAGCUGUUUUCUGUGGCUGCCAGAGGAGGAGGAGGAGCGGUUGAGUUUUCUCCUCAGCGCAAGUGUGGGAAGAUCGUGAUGAUGCUUUUUGGGCAAACGUGAGGCUCCCACCGCCGUCCAGGCUGCAGUAUUUGGUCAGUGCUGUUGCAUCAAGACUUGACGGGACCAAAUAAGAGCGGUCAACAUGGGAUUCACCUUUUCAGUUCCCUUCCCCUCCGUCUUUUCUGGACACGGACCGUUUAUACUAGAGGAACGCGUCAGUAGAUAUAACAGAUUCACAGCGUAAACUGAUGGUGUUGCGCUAUGAUCUCUGGAGACUAUAGUUGUGUAAUGGUUUGCAUUUCGUCUACAGCGCGCGCUGCCGUGCAACCUCUCCAUGGAUGGUAGUUAAUUGGCCCCAAUGAUGUAGACCCCUAUCCACCUGGGUCUAAUGUUCCAUCCUCUCGUGGCGAAACUGGCUCCCCUGUGAUUUUCUGUGCUUGUUCAAUUGUUUUUAUUCCCAAAGCUUUUCACCACUUCUGGUAAUUGCUUUGGAUGAACUAAUUUAGUUUCUUUUAAAAGACUUUUUAGAAUGAAUGUUUCCCUCUAAAAGUGAGGGAAUUAACCGGUGAUCGUUUAAAGCGCACAGGCUUCUUCAACAGUGACCAACUAUGGAAAAAACAACUUAUGACAGACAUUUAAUGCGCCUUAUCUUUGGGACUUAAUAGUUUCCUGACAUAAUUACGCAGUGGAAAACAAAACGUUUCCCACAGUGUUUAUUUGUUGAGGCGCAUUUCUGUCUUUGCCUCCUGUUCUCCACUAUGUCAAGAUCAAACAGUGUCAGCCCACCCGGAGUCGGUGCCCCCGGGUUAAGGGGAGGGACCGAGCACAGAUCAGCUUGGGGAGAGUCUGAGUCCGUGGCCAACGGGUGCCCAUACUCAGCCAGAUCUCCGCGCAAGAAGCUCACCCGGACCAACAGUCGGUGGAGAGAAGAGGAUGAUCUGGACCAGCGGCAGCCCGGGCGAGCCACAACGACCGUCAGCAGGGUCAGCUUCAGGUCCAGGUCGGCUUGGCAGGACCAUGGCGAGGAGAGCCGAGACAAAAACCGUGCGUCCCCUAAACGUCCAGACGGCGAGGUGAGACCCAAGUCUGUGGAGCUAGGUCUGGAGGAGCGGAGAGGCAAGCCGAGGACCGAGGAGGAGGAGGUCAUGCCCGAAGUGAACUUUUCUUUAGUGGCGUGCUGCGUCAGCGUCAUGCACAUUUUCAAAUCCAAGAAAUUCCACUCGGACAAGUUGGAGCGUCUAUACCAGCGCUACUUUUUCCGUCUCAACCAGAGCAGUCUAACUAUGCUCAUGGCAGUGCUGAUGCUGGUGUUCACGGUCAUGCUGGGCUUCCACUGCUCCAGUGGAUCAGGCAGGCCGAGCAUAACUUAUGUGGUGGUAUUUUCCGUGGCCAUCUUCCUAACACUCGUUCUUAUGGUGGUCUGCAACAGGAACGGCUUUCACCAGGACCACAUGUGGAUUGUGUGCUAUGUGGUCAUCCUGCUGGUGCUGGUGAUCCAGGUGGUCGGAGUGCUGCUCGUGCAGCCCAGAAGUGCCUCCGAGGGGAUCUGGUGGACCGUGUUCUUCAUCCAUGUCAUCUACACUCUGCUGCCCGUCAGGAUGCGCGCCGCAGUCAUCACUGGAGUUAUCCUUUCCGCAAUCCACGUGGCUGUUUCUUGGAUGUUGAACGGCAUGGACAGCGUUCUGUGGAAACAGUUAGUGUCCAACGUGUUGAUCUUCUCCUGCACCAACAUCGUGGGAGUCUGCACUCAUUACCCUGCUGAAGGUUCCCAGAGACAGGCCUUCCAGGAGACCAGGGAAUGCAUCCAGGCUCGCCUCCACUCCCAGAGAGAAAACCAACAGCAGGAACGUCUUCUGCUCUCAGUGCUUCCCCGCCACGUUGCCAUGGAGAUGAAAGCUGACAUAAACGCCAAGCAGGAGGACAUGAUGUUUCACAAGAUCUACAUCCAGAAGCAUGACAACGUCAGCAUCUUAUUUGCAGACAUCAAGGGUUUCACCAGCCUGGCAUCCCAGUGCACAGCGCAGGAGUUGGUGAUGACUCUUAAUGAACUCUUCGCCCGCUUUGACAAGCUGGCAGCGGAGAACCACUGUCUGAGGAUCAAGAUCCUGGGAGACUGCUACUACUGCGUAUCUGGGUUGCCAGAGGCGAGGGCCGACCACGCCCACUGCUGUGUGGAGAUGGGGAUGGACAUGAUAGAGGCCAUCUCGCUGGUACGUGAGGUGACUGGGGUGAACGUGAACAUGCGAGUGGGAAUCCACAGCGGCAGAGUGCACUGUGGGGUGCUGGGACUCAGGAAGUGGCAGUUUGACGUCUGGUCCAAUGACGUCACACUAGCCAAUCAGAUGGAGGCUGGGGGCCAAGCUGGGCGUAUCCAUAUCACUAAGGCCACUCUGAAUUAUCUGAACGGGGACUACGAUGUGGAGGACGGAGCAGGGGGAGAACGAAACGCCUACUUGAAGAAGCACAACAUAGAAACCUACCUCAUUGUGGGCUGCAGUCAGAAAAGGAAAGAGGAAAAGGCAAUGAUAGCCAAAAUGAACCGACAGAGGACAAAUUCUGUCACCCACAACAGUGGCCAUUGGACUGACCGACCGUUCUACAACCAUAUGGGUGGCAACCAGGUCUCCAAGGAAAUGAAGAGGAUGGGCUUUGAAGAUCCAAAAGACAAGAAUUUCAUUUUCAGAAAUGCACAAGAGAACCUAAACCCAGAGGACGAGGUGGAUGAGUUCUUGGGCCGCGCCAUCGACGCACGCAGCAUCGACCGCCUGCGCUCCGAACAUGUCAAGAAGUUCCUGCUCACCUUCAGAGAGCAUGACCUGGAGAAAAAGUACUCCAAACAGGUGGACUCCAGGUUCGGGGCUUACGUGGCCUGCGCCUCCCUCGUCUUUCUCUUCAUCUGCAUCAUCCAGAUCAUCAUUGUGCCAUCCUCCAGUCUGAUGAUCGGUUUCUUCGUCACCGGUUUCAUUAUCCUGACGGCUGUCAUGUUUGUCUCAACUGUGUACUGCUGUUUUGGGCUCUUCCCAGUCCCUCUGCAGACUCUUUCUAAGAGGAUAGUCCAGUCCAGACUGAACAGCACUCUGGUGGGCGUCUUCACCAUCAUCGUCGUCUUUGUUUCUGCUUUCAUCAAUAUUUUCACCUGCAGCAGCCUCGACCUGCGGAGCUGCAUCUGGGAAGAGCUUAACAUCAGUCUGGCCACCGUGAACGCCUGCCAUGCUCAUCUCCUCAACUACAGCCUGGACACACAACAGAGCCCCUGUGGAGACGAUGGCCUCGUCUGCAGCUUACCUGAGUACUUCUCGUCCUGUGUGCUGCUGAGCCUGCUGGCCUGCUCCGUCUUCUUGCAGAUCAGCAGCAUCGGUAAACUCUUCCUCAUGCUCUUUAUCGAGCUGAUCUACCUCCUUGUCAUGGAGGUGCCCAAAGUGAGCCUCUUCGACAACCAGGACUUGCUGGUGAUGGCCAACGCUGUCAACAUUAUCGAGCACAUUAAUGGAACAAGCUGUGUGGUGGACUCCAAGGUUCCUCUGAAGAUCAUGACCCCGGUGGUCAUCACUGUCUUCGUUCUCGCCCUCUACCUUCACGCCCAGCAGGUAGAGUCCACAGCCAGGCUCGACUUCCUCUGGAAGCUGCAGGCCACAGAGGAGAAGGAGGAGAUGGAGGAGCUUCAGGCUUAUAACCGCCGUCUACUCCACAACAUCCUGCCCAAAGAUGUGGCUGCCCACUUCCUGCAGCGCGAACGCCGCAACGACGAGCUCUACUACCAGUCGUGUGAGUGCGUGGCUGUCAUGUUCGCCUCAAUCAGCAACUUCUCAGAGUUCUACGUGGAGCUGGAGGGGAACAACGAGGGAGUGGAGUGUCUGCGGCUGCUCAACGAGAUCAUCGCUGACUUUGAUGAGAUCAUCAGUGAGGACCAAUUCCGUCAGUUGGAGAAGAUCAAGACCAUCGGCUCCACCUACAUGGCGGCCUCCGGCCUCAACGACUCCACAUACGACAAGGUCGGGCGCUCGCACAUCCGAGCCUUGGCUGACUAUGCGAUGAGGCUGAUGGACCAAAUGAAAUACAUCAAUGAACACUCCUUUAACAACUUCAAGAUGCAAAUAGGUCUCAACAUUGGCCCUGUGGUUGCCGGGGUGAUCGGGGCCAGGAAGCCUCAGUACGACAUCUGGGGGAACACAGUGAACGUGGCGAGUCGCAUGGACAGCACAGGUGUACCAGAGAGGAUCCAGGUGACUGCAGACAUGUACCAGGUACUGAGCUCCUAUAACUACACACUGGAAUACAGAGGUUUGGUUACAGUCAAAGGCAAAGGAGAGAUGAUGACCUAUUUUCUCACCAGUGGACCACCAAGCAGUUAACCUCAACUAAGUGACGAAUAGACACACCAGGGUAGGCGCCUUAACUCCGCCUCUGAAAUAAGGAGCAGGCUCAUGGACCUCUGAUAGCUUACGGCGGACUGAGACUGACUGAAGCGUCCCUUCUCACAGCGCCAUUCCUUUCUUAUACCUACUGAGGCCACAACGGGGAUGGAUCAGAAAAUGCAUCCCAAAGCUCAGCCUGCCGAGGAGACUAUGAGUGGGAAAGGCCCAGCUAGCCUGAAUCUGCCAUUGAGACCAAAGAUGUCCAAUCAGUGCAUAAAGACAGAUGCUGCCAGCUGUGUGAGUCUAGGUCCUAAAGGAAGAAUGUUCUCGAAGAACUUUUAUUUGCUUCAAUCCGCCAGAUUCUUAAAGGGUUUUGGGACAAACCUGCAGCAGGACAUGACCUACAUGCCACUUCCUUUUUUUUCUUUCUGCCUUUCUCCUGCUGAAGUGUAUAUGUACAUGUAAAACACAGACAGUUGUAUGUGUAUAUGAUUUGAUGUACUGUAUGUCAAACACAUUUUGUCCAUGUUGUUGUGGUAUAGAUACAAAUCUCUCAAGUAUGGACACUCAGCCAGCACCACAGCACUAUCCGUCCUUGAAUAUCUGAUCACGUCAGUAACAGACUGACAGAGGAGUCGCAGUUAAGUUGUGUCUUAUCGGUGAAGAGUGCGUCUCACAAGCAAAAAUGUCCCUCAGAGACAAAAUAGAGAGAAAACGCUCCACAGUGUUUACAGAAAGCUCCUCGUCAGACGUAUAGAGUUCCAAACUCACACUACAGUAUAAACAGCAUAUACACAGACAAAACACAAAGGAUGUCACUGAAGAGCUUUUUCUUAUCUUCGACAUUUUGUAUUUUGACUUCAGAACACCAAACCGUAUCAGAUAUUUUAAGAUUCUAUAUUUUGUACAUUAAUAUAUUAGAGAGCUAUCUAUAAACACCAAUGUGUAUUCAGAUGUACAUACUGUAUCACUCUCAUGUUGGGAUUUCAGAAAUCCUCGCUGGUUGUUGCCUAGUCUUAGCGUGGCGCCACAACUAAUGUACCAUUUAGCUUCAGCAGAUCCACGCUCCUGAAUGCCUGUUUUUCUCGCUCUUUUCACCCAAUUGAGCAUGACUGAUCUGCAGGAAGUUAACCGCUUGCUAAUAAGAAUGCGUUACUGAUUAUUUUAGUCAAACCGAGUGGGUGUGCACUUUUAAUGACUGACUAGAGGACGUGAAUGCAAACCUGUCUUUUUGCACUCCAGUGCUUUCAGCCGUCCACCGCUUUCUGCAACGCUCCACAACCGCUUCUUGCUUGCUCAAUCAGAUGGUACGACCCAAUGAAUGUCCAAUGAUCUCCGAUGAGGCCUUUAUUAUGAACUCUAUACUGACGACGGUGAUGAUGCUCAUUCUGUGGACAGGGACAGACAAGCCCAUGUGGAAAUGUGCCCUUUUAUCUGCCUUUUUUUUUUAUCAGAGCAGUUUCUUCAGUAUUACGGUGUUAUUCAACAUGUCAUCAAACAAACGGUCUUUAACCUUCUGGUUUCAUUGAUUUAAGUGAUUUCUUAUUAUUGUAUGUUAUGUUGUAUGUUAUAUUAUCACCAACACUACAGCUGGUUCUGUUUGUCUUGGCAGAGUACAGUAAUCAGUAAAUGUCCGGACAAUGUCAAGUUUUUACUUGAGAAUAUUGAGGAUAGGAUAUAGCAAAUUUGAAACAGAAACGAUAAGGUUAACACAAUUCAAUAUUGUAAUUUGUCAAAAAAACAUAUUGAAAAAAAAAAAUCAUCAAAGUGUUGGAAAGCAUUGAGAGACUGACUGACUUCCCUACUCUGAUGCUACACACUGUGCCCUCAGCCCUGAGCCUAUUUGUUCCUUGUGAAAACCUAUACCUUUAAAACACUGUAAACACUGUCGUUUAGCAAACGUUACAGGAGCAAAUAAAGCAUUUGUUAGGACUAUUUGUGUAUUUAAUACGCAUUUGGUGCAUUACGUUAGUUGACUCAAAAUGAACUACAGUAAAUGGAGCUUUGACUGUGCCACUGGAAUAAGUAUAGACUUUUACAGUGUUUAAUUAGAAUCCAUUAAUACAUUGAUAAUAAAUCUGAAUUAAAGUAAAUAAAAAAUAAUGAAAAAGAUAAUUAAACAUUAAAAGAUAAUUCAAUAUUAAAAAUAUAAUUAAAACCCACAGGGCAACUGCUGUAGCUCUGAUUGGCCUGCUGCAAUGUGUUGGCAGGAGUCUGGCCAAUCAGAGCUCCUGCUGCUGCUCUGUGGGUUAGACUUCAAAUGUGUUUUUAGGUGACACUGCACAUUUAAAUGAAUGCCAAAAUGGGCGGAUUUUAAAAAUAAUUUCAUGGUUCCAUUUAAAAGAUGAAAUCAUCAUUUGUUGAUUUAAAGUCAGAAUUAGGAAUUUGCAAUUUUACACUUUGUUUUACUUAGUUCUAUAAUUCAUAAUUGAAAUGCAAAUAUAAUUAAACAAGUUAUAAUAGCUUUUAAAAUUGAUGAACAAUGGAUGAUGAUCUUAUCUAUGAUAAGAUAUAUCAGGGUUUUACUACACAGGCAAUACUUGUUAGUAUGAUCAAUUCAUUGAUGAUGUUGGUCUUUUCAUGGGAUAAAUGAAAAUAUAUAUUGCCACCUUUAAAUUGCUUUUAGUUUCCUGUUUGAAAAGAAAAAGAGAAGUCCAUGUGUUUGCUGCUUUGAGCCCGUAGAAUGAAAUUAACCUUGCACUGGUCCACUUGGGUGAUUUCUGUUUUGUUUAUGUAGUGUAGUGCUGGAACCAUUACCUUCAAACACCACUACUACAACUUUAACUUUCAUGCCAUUUGACUCUAUGAACCCUUCUUCUACCGUUUAUUGUGCAGAAAUGUGCCAUUAGAAAACACAAGAGGUUGGAGAGAAGGCAUAGAUCAGAGAUGAGGAGGAUGAAGCUAUGAGGAUCCUCAUGAUGAUAACAUGACAAGAUGAGGCAGCGUCUGUGACAAAAAACAGAGGCAAAACCGUGGUUUGUUUUUGUUGUCAUGCAAAACACUAUGCUAAACUUUUUUUUUUUUUUUUACAGUCCAAUAAACUGCUGAGAUGUUU